AUGACAGGAAAACUAGGAAGGACUUGAAGACUACUGACAGAAUGCUCAUGGUGACAGUCAUGCAGCGGGGUGUAUGGGCUGUCUUGCUCUUGCCCUAUCUUCUUACCGUAAGCAGCCCUCUAGACUGUAGGGAAGAGCAGGGUAGCCUCUCCCGCUGCCCUUCCAUCUCCCAAGAGAAACUUCUAGACCGAGUCAUCCAGCACGCUGAGCUAAUCUACCGUGUCUCAGAAGAAUCAUGCUCUUUGUUUGAGCAGAUGUUUAUCCCGUUCCCAUUGCAGCUCCAGAGGAACCAAGUAGGCUAUGCAUGCAUCACAAAAGCUUUACCCAUCCCCAGCUCCAAAGGUGAAAUCCAACAGAUAUCUGACAAAUGGUUGCUCCACUCUGUGCUGAUGCUCGUCCAGUCAUGGAUCGAGCCUUUGGUCUACCUGCAGACCUCACUGGAUCGCUACGAUGCCGCUCCUGACAUGCUGCUCAACAAGACCAAGUGGGUGUCUGAGAAACUGAUCAGUCUGGAGCAAGGCGUUGUGGUCCUCAUCAAGAAGAUGUUGGAUGAGGGAAUGUUGACCGCAACCCACAGUGAACAGGGCCUAUUCCAGUAUGAUGUGCAGCCAGAGAUGCUGGAAUCUGUGAUGAGAGACUAUACCUUACUCAGCUGCUUCAAGAAAGAUGCCCAUAAGAUGGAGACUUUCCUAAAGCUACUGAAGUGUCGACAAACUGACUUAUACAACUGUGCAUAAGACAUGAAGCGAAAUGUUUAAAUAAUACAGCUUUAAAUGAAUUCCUGAGGUUGGUAGCAGUGCACUUAAAGACAUGACCAUGCCUUAGGCGAUUCAGCCUUGCUUGCAUCGCAGUACAUUCUUUAUUGAUUGUUUUGGAACACCUUCACACAAACAUAGUAGGUGUAAUGCUGUGCCCUUUCUACAACACUGCAUUUUAUAUUUCCCUUCUCAGUUGUUUUUUUAACCUGGCAAAGGCAACAGAGGGCAAACUCCCAAAAGAUUAGUUGCGUGUCGAGCUGUCAAAAAAAUCUGCAUAUCCUGCCAUUGAUUUCCAUUUCCUUUGUUCUUAACUGGAGUUUGUAUUCCUCGCUGGCUCUUGCAGUGUUUUGAUUAUUCCCACGGCCCCCAGAGAAUUCAGUGAGACGGUUUCACUUCUGCAUUAGUGAAAUGAAACACUUUCACCGGAGAUGGGAGUCAAGCAGAGAGCAAUCACGUCUUUAAAUAAGA